UUCUAUUCCUACGAAACUGCCUCUAUUCUUCCGCAUUCAGGGGAAGGUUUUUUCCUGAUGAGCCACUGAAACUGCAGCGUGGUCAAUUGGCGAUAGGACUGUGAUCUUGAGCAGGGCAUCUACAAUAGCAUCGGACCUCAUGGUCUUGAUAGUCACCUGGUGGCAAUUACGUGGGACUCUACGAUCGUCAACGCAGAAGCGAAAUCGUUCUGCGCUCGUCGUUCUCUUACUGAGGGACAGCACAUCGUAUUUUGUAUUGUUUCUUCUGAUCAACGUUGCCCAGAUCAUCGCACAAGUGAUGCUCACCGAAGUGUUCAACCCUGUCCCAUGCUUCAUACUCCCCAUGGCAUGCAUUAUGAUAUCCAGACUGAUCCUCAAUCUGCGUCGACUUUCAUUCGCUAUGCGCUCACCCAUGCACGCACAAAGCGACACUACCUCGCCACCGAUCUCGACUAUCCCUGGUUCCUUCCAUCCUUCGCUAUUAUCGACUAUCAUGUUCGGCCCGGAUUCCCAGAGUAGCCAAUGCGGCCAAAUGCGGCCAGUCCCACCGGAGUCACCAUCCCGCUGCCCAGAAAACGCGCUGGAAAGUGGACCCAUCGACGUUCGCGAUCAUGUGAUGGACGACAUUAUGGAAGAGGAUGAGGACGAGAAGGAGGAUGCGGAUGCGGAGUGAGUGUCGGGGUGCAGAGGGACUAAAUUAUCUAGCGACGUUCCAGGAACGACCUUUGUACAGUAUAUGUAAUCGUGUGUAACACCUUGUUUCUGUAUCCUCUUUCGCUCGCGGCGGAUGUCAUAACCUGUGUC